CGAAUCUGGAGUUUCUAGUCCCUCCUGGCUUCCCGUUCUCCAGGCCCUGCGGGCGAGGUUAGCCGAGGCCGCCAUAUUGAAUAAGCAACCCGGCCUCUGAGGGGGUUGGUGCGGUACAGACAGUUCUGCAGAGCAGCUUCGGCGUUUCCAGGGAGAAGCAAUAUGUUAAGGAUACCUCUAAAAAGGGCCUUAGUAGGCCUUUCUAAGUCUUCUAAAGGAUGUGUUCGAACAACUGCCACAGCAGCAAGCAACUUAAUUGAAGUAUUUGUUGAUGGUCAGUCUGUCAUGGUGGAACCAGGAACUACCGUCCUUCAAGCUUGUGAGAAGGUUGGCAUGCAGAUCCCUCGAUUCUGUUAUCAUGAAAGAUUGUCUGUUGCUGGAAACUGCAGGAUGUGCCUGGUUGAAAUUGAGAAAGCUCCUAAGGUUGUAGCUGCUUGUGCCAUGCCAGUAAUGAAAGGUUGGAAUAUCCUGACAAACUCAGAGAAAUCUAAGAAAGCCAGAGAAGGUGUGAUGGAGUUCUUGUUAGCAAAUCACCCACUGGACUGUCCUAUUUGUGACCAGGGAGGUGAAUGUGAUCUGCAGGACCAGUCCAUGAUGUUCGGAAGUGAUAGGAGCCGAUUUUUAGAGGGGAAACGUGCUGUGGAGGACAAGAAUAUUGGGCCAUUGGUAAAGACCAUCAUGACUAGAUGUAUACAAUGUACUCGCUGCAUCAGGUUUGCAAGUGAGAUUGCAGGAGUAGAUGAUUUGGGAACAACAGGCAGAGGAAAUGAUAUGCAAGUUGGCACGUACAUUGAAAAGAUGUUCAUGUCUGAACUGUCUGGAAAUGUCAUUGAUAUCUGCCCUGUAGGUGCCCUGACCUCUAAGCCCUAUGCUUUUACUGCCCGCCCUUGGGAAACAAGAAAGACAGAAUCCAUUGAUGUCAUGGAUGCGGUUGGAAGUAAUAUUGUGGUAAGCACAAGAACAGGAGAGGUGAUGAGGAUUUUACCAAGGAUGCAUGAGGACAUCAAUGAAGAGUGGAUCUCUGAUAAAACCAGAUUUGCCUAUGAUGGGCUAAAACGUCAAAGACUUACCGAGCCGAUGGUCAGAAACGAAAAGGGGCUUUUAACCUAUACCUCCUGGGAGGAUGCACUCUCUCGUGUAGCUGGAAUGUUGCAGAGUUUUCAAGGCAAUGAUGUGGCAGCAAUUGCAGGUGGCUUGGUGGAUGCCGAAGCCCUAAUAGCUCUCAAAGAUUUGCUUAAUAGAGUGGACUCUGACACCUUGUGCACGGAAGAGGUCUUCCCCACUACAGGAGCUGGCACAGAUUUGCGUUCCAGUUAUCUUCUUAAUACUACAAUUGCUGGUGUGGAAGAGGCAGAUGUUGUCCUUCUGGUUGGUACAAAUCCACGUUUUGAGGCACCACUAUUUAAUGCUAGAAUUCGGAAGAGCUGGCUUCACAAUGACUUAAAAGUGGCCCUUAUUGGCAGCCCAGUGGAUCUCACUUAUAGAUAUGACCAUCUGGGAGAUUCUCCCAAAAUUCUUCAAGACAUUGCUUUCGGUAGCCAUCCAUUCAGCCAGGUAUUACAUGAAGCUAAAAAACCAAUGGUGGUUGUAGGCAGUUCUGCACUCCAGAGAAGUGAUGGGGCAGCAAUUCUUGCAGCUGUUUCCAACAUUGCUCAAAAGAUUCAGAUGAGUAGUGGUGUUACUGGUGAUUGGAAAGUUAUGAAUAUCCUUCAUAGGAUUGCAAGCCAGGUAGCUGCUUUGGAUCUUGGGUAUAAACCUGGGGUGGAAGCAAUUCGUAAGAACCCUCCCAAAGUGCUGUUUCUCCUGGGAGCAGAUGGAGGUUGUAUCACUCGACAGGAUUUGCCAAAGGAUUGUUUCAUUAUUUAUCAAGGACAUCAUGGUGACGUUGGCGCUCCUAUAGCUGAUGUUAUUCUCCCAGGCGCUGCUUACACAGAGAAAUCUGCUACUUAUGUCAAUACUGAGGGCCGAGCUCAGCAGACUAAAGUAGCAGUGACACCUCCUGGCUUGGCAAGAGAAGACUGGAAAAUUCUAAGAGCCCUCUCUGAGAUUGCAGGUAUGACUCUUCCAUAUGAUACUCUGGAUCAAGUAAGGAACAGAUUGGAAGAAGUCUCUCCUAAUCUUGUCCGAUAUGAUGAUGUCGAAGGAGCCAAUUAUUUCCAGCAAGCAAAUGAUCUCUCUAAGCUAGUGAACCAACAGGUUCUUGCUGAUCCACUUGUUCCACCUCAGCUAACAAUAAAAGACUUCUACAUGACAGACUCAAUUAGCAGAGCUUCACAGACAAUGGCCAAAUGUGUCAAAGCUGUCACGGAGGGUGCCCAGGCAGUAGAGGAACCAUCCAUAUGCUGAAACUUCUACUAGGAACCCCAUUUUGUUACAAAUAAUUAAUGGACAGUUAUGUUGGAAUGAUCUCCUACAGGUUUAUUCUUUAAAAAAUAAUCUGAAUGAUGUAAUACUUAAGGUCGUACCUUGCUUAUUUGAAAAUGAUACUGCAAUUAUCAGUGAACUUUGAGGUUUCAAAGACAUUUAUGUAUUGUGUGUAAACGUUAAAUUGUUUAAUAAACAAUGUAUACAGAUGCUUUUUCCAUAAAAGUAUUGGCAAUCUUUGUGACACAUACAAAGAAAAUUCUUAAAAUACGAGUUUUUGUUCAUUUUCAUUGAUCAUUUAUGUUUGUAAAAUGUAUGAAAUAAGAGCUUCCAUUAGGACCCACUGGUAGUUUCUAACACUCAAGGAAAGAUUUGAGCAUUCUGUCAAACUGGGUAAAUAGAAAAAAUAUGUGUAACAUAAUCACACAUCAGAUACGUAUCUUGGACAACUAUAAAUAAUAAUAAUCAUAAUAAUGAUAGAUAAUGAUUAUUUAGCUUUUUCUGUGUGCUAAGCACUCUGAUUUUACAUGCAUUAUCUUGUUUUGUCCUUGCUACAACUCUGAGGUAGUGUUACCUCAUUUUACAGAUGAAGAAACUGAAGCCUAGGGAUAUUUGGUAGCUUGCCCAAGGUCACAGAAAAAUAGUCAAGGACUCCAGCCUAGUUCUCUCUGACUCCAAAGCUCAUUGUUCUUACCUGCUAUACAUAAUUCCCUCCCAUUAAUACAGAUCUUAUAGGUUGUUACUUCUAAGAAUUAGCAUUGAGAAUCUUAAUGGAUAGUACAUUUUUCUGUUUUCUCUUGAAUCUGUUUAUAGAUCAUGGUGAUUUAUAUGACAUUUUUCUUUGUAUAAGAGAUUACACACACAUGCAUCACUGGAGUGAUGGAGUUAAGGGAUGUAAUUUAGGUCUUUGUUGAUGUUCCAUAUUUAUUAUAUUAACCAUCUGCACUUUUAAGUCAACUAUAUUCCAAUAAUAGAAGACAAAGCUAAAAGCUUUCAUAAUUUUCAGUUGUCAAAACAAAAAGGAGGUAAAAUUUUAUAAUUGAUCUAGGAGAUAAUUUAAAGCCAUAUUAAAUGUUUUUCAGAAUCUAUGGUCAGAA